GCUUCUCGAUCUCCAUGUGCUGCCGCUUCGUCAUCUUCCUGCCAGGGGUGGCCACGCAGGCGCUUGGCAAGUCAAGCUCGCUGAUACUGCCGUUGUCCCUGUGUGUGGCGGUGGGUGCAGCGAUGUUUGCGAUCCACGAGGGGGUCGACACUGCGUGCAUUCUUUACCUCUUCCUGGCCUUCCUCUAUCUGCGCGGCAUCUUCAGUGGACACCGUCCUAG